UUUUUUUUUUUUUUUUUUUUUACGUUUUCCCAUUGCCCAUCACUGAAUUUGAAGCAACCUCCGAGAUCUGCAAGAAGAACGUCGAUCCCUUUUCGAAUUCUGUGAUUUUUCUAUCUGGGUUUUGUGUUUUUCGUGAUGGGUUGGAGGUAUAAGGCUGGUUUGUUCCUCAUAGUGACUGUUGUUAUUAUAUGGGUAACCUCAGCCGAAGUGACCCAGGACAUAUUUACUGCUUAUAAGCAGCCUUUUGCUAUAACAUAUCUCGGAGCUUCUCUCAUGGUAGUUUACCUCCCAAUAGCAUUCCUUAAGGAUUGGUUUUGUAAUUUGGUAAAACGCCACUCUUCUAAAAGUGGUAAAAAUGCAGAAAGCUUCAGUGAGACUUGUGCUCUAAAACACAAUGGAGCGGAGACAAACUUGGAUGUGGAACUUCAGGGGAAUUUCACUAGAAAAGACAGUGAUGCUGAUAUUUCAACUCAUACUGAAGAAAGCCCCCUUGUUUCUAGGAACAAAGAUGAUCCAUAUAUAUUGAAACAAGAGAAAGAGCUUACUAACAAGGAAAUUGCUGCAUAUGGAUUUUACAUUGCGCCCAUCUGGUUUGUAACCGAGUAUCUAUCAAAUGCUGCACUUGCACGGACAAGUGUUGCCAGUACAACAGUUUUAUCCUCUACUUCUGGACUUUUUACUCUGUUCAUUGGUGCUGCCCUUGGCCAAGAUUCAUUAAAUAUGGUUAAAGUCGUUGCUGUCUUUGUUAGUAUGGCUGGUGUUGUGAUGACAACUCUUGGUAAAACUUGGGCUUCUGAUGAGUCUCAACUAACUGCUUCUGAUAAUGAACACUCCCUCAUUGGGGAUCUUUUUGGUUUACUCUCAGCUGUGUCAUAUGGGCUAUUUACUGUGCUUCUCAAAAAGUUCGCUGGUGAAGAAGGAGAGAGGGUUGAUGUGCAAAAAUUGUUUGGAUACAUUGGUCUGUUCACACUUGUUACACUUUGGUGGCUAGUUUGGCCAUUGACAGCCUUGGGAAUAGAACCAAAGUUUUCGAUUCCUCACUCUCUUAGGACGGAAGAGGUAGUUCUCGCUAACGGAUUUAUUGGAAGCGUACUUUCCGAUUACUUCUGGGCACUCUGUGUUGUGUGGACUACGCCACUAGUGGCAACGUUGGGCAUGUCGCUCACCAUCCCGCUUGCAAUGUUGGCUGACAUGUUUAUCCAUGGCCGUCACUACUCAGCGGUUUACAUGCUUGGCUCUACUCAGGUGUUUGCAGGAUUUGUAAUUGCCAAUCUUUCAGACUGGUUCUCAAAGAAGCUGGGGUUGUAGCAUUUGAUGAUAGUCUUCAUUUUGGCAUUCUUAACAAGGCAAAGUAAAAUUCUUUCAUGAGGAUAUUUUCUCUCCAUCAAUUGAAUUGCAAUGUAAAUUCUGAUGAAAACCUGUAAAAUCUGCAAUUUUGAGUAAAGAAAAUUCCAUUUGCAUAAACCAUAGAUGAUUGGAUUCUACUUGUGUUUUACCAGUGGUUGUGUAAAUUAAACUGAAAGUCUGGUUCGUUUGGGUUUUAUUUGGAUAUUGAGCCCUUAUGUAAUAAGAAUGCUUCUUUUGUUUAAAUGAAAAUUUAAGUAAUUAAUUGUCUA